AGCAGAGUGGCGCAGUGGAAGCGUGCUGGGCCCAUAACCCAGAGGUCCGAGGAUCAAAACCUCGCUCUGCUAUUUUUUUUUCUUCCGCCACUCUCAUUGUAAGGGUUAAACUGCUGGGACAAAGUCACAACUCAUUAAAAAAAAAAAAAAAAAAACACAAAAGUUUUCAGUAAUGCUUUUUCUUUUAGAGUUUAAUAUUAUCUUGAAAGACAUCGGUCAAGCACAAACAGUGAAUAGUACCGGCGACAAAAUGCUGAUCACCUGAUGCCGGAAGCGAAAAGUAAAAAAGGCUAAUGCAUAAGUUUGACAUUACUGUGUGUUUGUAUAGUGGAGUUCUUACUGAUGUUUUCAGCGGCCAGCAACGUCGUUUCAAAAAUUCGGAAUAGAAACCAGAUCGAGAAAAAAUUGGCAGCAUGAACUAAAACAAAUCUCUUCAUUUAUUAGAGACAAUAUUAGUGACAUCCAUGUGAUCGCUUGCCGCUAACGUCUUUCUGUUCGGUCAAGCGACCUUCACUGCUUGUAAUGGCGUCAGUAGGCUGCAUUUAAUACUUCCAGAACUUUUAAGUUAAUUGGACCCUAUGGGGGGGUCGCAACUUUGUUUUUCGAGCUGGGUUCCAUUGUUAACUUUAUUUGUUCAUUGUUUUCCCAACCAAUCCCGUAAGAUCUUCCGAGAGCUGCAAGGUCGCCAGUAUCGCGCCGUCGACCUGUAAAUAACCCGCCGCGCAGCAACAACAAAAAAAAACAGGUAGCCUGGGUACAUAUCCCGCAUUUCUGGCCUAAUAUGUGUAAAAUGUGGCAUGUAAAGGUCAAAAAUUAAAAGGGUAACUAUCGUAGUCGGCAGGAUUCGAACCUGCGCGGGGAGACCCCAAUGGAUUUCGAGUCCAUCGCCUUAACCACUCGGCCACGACUACUUCCAGUACAUAAUGCGCUGGGUACCAGAGUUUUUUUAAUCGUGUGCGUCGGAAUGCUUCGGUAUAGGCUGCAGGCCAAAGGCCGAAAGCCGAAGUCGCGGGAAAAAACCCGGCAUUGUUAAGACUUGUCCGAAGAAAAAAUAAUUUGGCGGAAGGUUGUUCUUUCAUUGCUCCUCACGUUAGCGAGAACUGUAGCAGUUCAAGGCUACAUAGAUCUGUAGAUCCCUAUCGGAUCUUGGUUUUAUUACGUGGUUCUCUACGAGUCAAUGAGAUAAACCGACCCAAUAGUGAUUCUGAGAUUUGUUUAAAGGUGUUCAAGGAACAGUGCUGUGGUGUGAGUAUGUGCCGUUUCUGUCUCUAAAUUUAGAAGGCGGGUGAAAAUGUCAUUGCUGAUCUAUUUUGACCCCAUUUACAUACCUCGUAGAAAAAAAUCUUGAAAAAUACGGUUAAUACAUUGAAAAUGAAGAGGAUAUUCGUCAUUUUGGGUAUUCCAAGAAUAUUCCGUUUGUACUCUCGUUUUGGUUUCCUCUCAAAUAAUCAUCAGCAGCACAUUUUGUAACAUAAACUCGUUUUUCUUUCUUGACCACCAGUGCUAUAUAAGCCCCUGGCUUCAUCGUUAUUUUUGAUCCAUGUAAUAAAGAAUUAUCUGAAACAAAGGUGACUUCAAAAAGCGCAACAUUCGCCGUGCAAAUUGCAGUCAGUAAAGGGUCAAUUUAAUUUGCUUUUAAAAAAUGUCUUGCAUUUACUGUUUAUUAUAGCUCGCAGAACUAUUUUUUCUAGGGUUGCCUUAAUACACCACAACAACAAAAGCAACAAAAAUGCGUUGUAUUUCAUCGGCGUAUGGACGAUUUCUCUCUUACAGCAGGGCUAUCAAUACUUUCCUCUUCAUUUUCAAUCUAUUAACCGUAUUUUUCAAGAUUUUUUUCUACGAGGUAUGUAAAUGGGGUCAAAAUAGAUCAGCAAUGACAUUUUCACCCGCCUUCUAAAUUUAGAGACAGAAACGGCACAUACUCACACCACAGCACUGUUCCUUGAACACCUUUAAACAAAUCUCAGAAUCACUAUUGGGUCGGUUUAUCUCAUUGACUCGUAGAGAACCACGUAAUAAAACCAAGAUCCGAUAGGGAUCUACAGAUCUAUGUAGCCUUGAACUGCUACAGUUCUCGCUAACGUGAGGAGCAAUGAAAGAACAACCUUCCGCCAAAUUAUUUUUUCUUCGGACAAGUCUUAACAAUGCCGGGUUUUUUCCCGCGACUUCGGCUUUCGGCCUUUGGCCUGCAGCCUAUACCGAAGCAUUCCGACGCACACGAUUAAAAAAACUCUGGUACCCAGCGCAUUAUGUACUGGAAGUAGUCGUGGCCGAGUGGUUAAGGCGAUGGACUCGAAAUCCAUUGGGGUCUCCCCGCGCAGGUUCGAAUCCUGCCGACUACGAUAGUUACCCUUUUAAUUUUUGACCUUUACAUGCCACAUUUUACACAUAUUAGGCCAGAAAUGCGGGAUAUGUACCCAGGCUACCUGUUUUUUUUUGUUGUUGCUGCGCGGCGGGUUAUUUACAGGUCGACGGCGCGAUACUGGCGACCUUGCAGCUCUCGGAAGAUCUUACGGGAUUGGUUGGGAAAACAAUGAACAAAUAAAGUUAACAAUGGAACCCAGCUCGAAAAACAAAGUUGCGACCCCCCCAUAGGGUCCAAUUAACUUAAAAGUUCUGGAAGUAUUAAAUGCAGCCUACUGACGCCAUUACAAGCAGUGAAGGUCGCUUGACCGAACAGAAAGACGUUAGCGGCAAGCGAUCACAUGGAUGUCACUAAUAUUGUCUCUAAUAAAUGAAGAGAUUUGUUUUAGUUCAUGCUGCCAAUUUUUUCUCGAUCUGGUUUCUAUUCCGAAUUUUUGAAACGACGUUGCUGGCCGCUGAAAACAUCAGUAAGAACUCCACUAUACAAACACACAGUAAUGUCAAACUUAUGCAUUAGCCUUUUUUACUUUUCGCUUCCGGCAUCAGGUGAUCAGCAUUUUGUCGCCGGUACUAUUCACUGUUUGUGCUUGACCGAUGUCUUUCAAGAUAAUAUUAAACUCUAAAAGAAAAAGCAUUACUGAAAACUUGCGUGUUUUUUUUUUUUUUUUUUUAAUGAGUUGUGACUUUGUCCCAGCAGUUUUACCCUUACAAUGAGAGUGGCGGAAGAAAAAAAAAUAGGAGAGCGAGGUUUUGAUCCUCGGACCUCCGGGUUAUGGGGCCAGCACGCUUCCACUGCGCCACUCUGCUUCGCGUGUCUUUGAGAAGUUUUUUCACCGGUCCGAAAACCCUUACAAUGAGAGUGGCGGAAGAAAAAAAAAUAGCAGAGCGAGGUUUUGAUCCUCGGACCUCUGGGUUAUGGGCCCAGCACGCUUCCACUGCGCCACUCUGCUUCGCGUGUCUUUGAGAAGUUUUUUCACCGGUCCGAUUAGUAAGAGUUCCCAGAUGCCUGUGCGAGCAAAGCGCGAAAGUUGGAAUGAUAGGAACGCAGGGUAUGUUUAAGGUGAAGUGAUGGUGACUUACUGUUGCCUUGGAAUCCCGUUGGUAAUAGUCUAAAUGAUAACCAACAGCUCAGCAAAAAUUAGCAAGCAGCUGAUGCAAGAGUAAACCAAUAUAAACCAGGUUUAAUUUUUUUUACAAUGGCUGUUGUUUAUCAGAUUUUUUUAUACUGACGUUGGUAGAGUGCCGCAUGCAGUGGAAGCGUGCGGUACCCACAAAUCAGAUGUCUGACUAUCAAAACCUCGCUCUGCUAUAACGCUUUGUUGUUGUUUUUUGUUCCAUGCAGAUGUGUAAAAGAAGACUGCUGAAGACAAAAUCUACGAAUUUUCUCCGGCAGAGAAACAAGUGUCAAGAUUAAAUUUGUACUGGUUUAAUACGUUGGCAACUUGGAUUCCUGGGAAUUCCGGCCUUUUUGUUUUUGUUGGGUUUAUUUUGAUGUUGGUCGGGGGAGCGUUUCUUAAAAAUCCUGUUCAAAUUUCAGGCCCGAAAAAAACUUUUCAAAAUCAAAAUCUAUUAAAAUGGUGCAUUAUUUUGCCACCAAACUUGCCCAAAUUGUUGCGUUAUAACGUACAAACUCUUCCCAUUACUUUUAAAACCAACAAAACUGGAUUCUUUAUUACAAAUAUUAAAGAAACGUCCUGGGCUAUUGUCGGCUUUAUAGAGAUGAUAAGCCGUUAGCGACGCUACCACAAUCGCCGGAUUUUCUUCUACUAGAAAAUACAAUCAAGGAACUUGUUUCAGGGCAAGUGCAACAGAUAGCAAGAGAAAGAAGCUGACGGUCGUAAUUAUUGCUAUGAAAAAGUGUUUAAAUUUCGAGACAAAACGUAGUCGGCAGGAUUCGAACUUGCGCGGGGAGACCCCAAUGGAUUUCAAGUCCAUCGCCUUAACCACUCGGCCACGACUACUAGCUUGGAGUUAACGGUACGAAUAACAAAUUGCAUUGAAUAUUAGUUUUGUGCAAGUAGUUGAAGUCUGAUUCGACUUGGAAAUAGAAGACAAAGUUCUCUUUCGUACCAGGCUCAUGAAAUAUAGGCAAGCGUAGGAUGCGGAAUGGGUAACCUGCAUCACUAGAUCAUAUAAUUAUAACAUCGUGCACUUAUGACCACCAUUCCGACUCCGUCGCUAGCGAAAAUCAGCCUUAAGCGUCAAAAGUUCAUACAUAUGGAUUUAGAGACGUCAGAAUACCGUUAACCCUUACAGUAUCCGACUCAGACUCAAAUAUGACUUGCCAUCAAGAAGUGUCCAUAAUCACGACUAAGAUGUCGAUCAUUCUGACGUAUUAGACGAGGUUGAGCAAAAUAUCGUGAUUUGUCAGUGGCGAGCGGAUCAAUUAUUCUGCGAAACACUGACAAAUCACGGUAUUUUGCGCUAACCGAGUUCAAAAAUUGUAGGCAGUUGCAGGUUACGUGGUGAGCUCUCUGCCAAUAAAGUUUUUUUCGGCGCUAGAUAACCAGUAACUCAUUCAUGCAAACCUUAGCGGAUAAACUACUGACCCAUUACUACCACCAAUAUCAUUGCUAUUUAGACCAACAUUUCUCAACGUAUCUUUUAAACGUGGACGGGGCAAUCAUUCAGUGGAGAAAAAUUUAACAGGCUUCAAGUUUAACCUACGACUUUACACAUAAAAGUUACUGAAAGCACCAAACCCUAACACAACAGCUUGCUCGCAGGCUCUCUGUUAUUUAAGCCGUUUAUGAAAUCCAAAAGAUGCAAGACUUUUAUUCAAGCAGCAACUUGUCAUUAAAAAAAAAACAUUUAACGCCUUUAUUAAACGCGGGUCACUUUGAAUUCUGUUAUACUAUAGAAACGUUUCUCAAUGGGAUCUCAUAAAAGUUAAAGUUAAAGGGCAAGGUACUGUUUUAAAUCUUCCAAAUACCAACGCGAUUCCAAGGCGAUAGGAAAUCACCAUCACUUCACCUUAAACGUAUCCUGCGUUCCUAUCAUUCCAACUUUCGCGCUUAGCUCGCACAGGCAUCUGGAAACUCUUACUAAUCGGAGCAGCAAAGAAACUUCUUAAAGACACGCGAAGCAGAGUGGCGCAGUGGAAGCGUGCUGGGCCCAUAACCCAGAGGUCCGAGGAUCAAAACCUCGCUCUGCUAUGUUUUUUUUCUUAACUGAUUUUUGAGAUCUUUUUGUUUCACUUUUUGCUUACUUUUUUCCGUGUUGAUUUACCAACUUGAAAAGUUUUUCUUCCCUCUUUUGAAAUUGGAAGAGCAAAGCAGCGGAAGCAAAGUGAAACCAGGAGAGAAUACUAGUCAAUGUAAACGAAUUUACAGAUUGAAAUCAAGUGCAAAUGAAAAAGGGUAUUUCCUUUUUAACACUUACUCACUAUUUUUUUAAUCGAGGUGCAAAACUGUUGAAACUGUCUUAACAUUUACGAUCUACAUCAGCUUUACAGAGACAGUGACAUGAUCUCUUUAGAUAACUCGGAAGAACUUCUCUGGAUCGCCGAUAGCAGAGUGGCGCAGUGGAAGCGUGCUGGGCCCAUAACCCAGAGGUCCGAGGAUCAAAACCUCGCUCUGCUAAAGGGAUUUCCCUUUUUCACUCUUUUUUAAAACUUAUUUUCCUUGUUCCUGUAGCGUGUUUAAUAGUAUGCAACACAGAGCAACCUCUUAAGAUAGAAGUCGCAAAAAAACUUGGAUAAUCCUUUUGUGGUUAAUUUCUUUUUCUUUCUAUGUUUUUUAAUUCAAUUAGUUUUAAACUCGUUGGUGAUACCAGAGCAUAUAAUUAGUAAUCGAAAUAUAAUUUUAACGUCUUUUUGACCACGUAUAAAUCAUCCCUACGACGGGCUCAGUGAUAACCUAAAGCAAAUGUUGUACUUUCCAACGUUUACGUUUAUAUCAUUGUGUUGAUCAGAAAAACCUUUUGAUUUACUUUUAAGUAAAUCCUCCACGAAGAUUCAGUAGGAGAGAUAAAACGGCUUUGGUGUGACUUGAUUACUGUUCCUUUUAUUCAUUGAUCAUCUUCAGGCGCGGAUCUAGGAUUAAUACUGACCGAUUUCCUAAACGAGGGGCCGAGGGAGCAAGCGUCUAGGGGAGCCCCCGGGAAUUUUUUUUGAUUUUUAAAGUCCCUUAAGUUCCCUUUCUCGGGUUUCUGUCUAAUGCCCGGAAAUUGGAAAAAGAAAACAUUUGUCCAGACUAUUUUCUACAAAGUUCUAUUAUUGAUAUUUUAUCAUUAAAAAUGUUUAUCGUGAAAAAUCUGACCGAUUUCCGUAAAACGGUGGAAACCGGUGUGGAUCCGCGCCUGAUCUUCUUGGUAAACAUAUUCUGGUCUUCAUGUAGGUCAAUUAAUUCUCUAGCCUGCCAAUACCGCCACGUCUCCCCGGUCGAUCCCUGCUAUCGCUGGGCACGCUUCGCGAGACUUCGCCAGCGACGGGGAGCGAUGAUGUAUUAACAGGCUCUUAAUUCUCAUGUUUAAUCGCAAAAGAGAGAAAUAAUGACAUUUCCUUACUUCAGUAUGUAGAGGAAAAGAGUAGUCGUGGCCGAGUGGUUAAGGCGAUGGACUAGAAAUCCAUUGGGGCCUCCCCGCGCAGGUUCGAGUCCUGCCGACUACGAUAGUAGAUAUAUUUUUUGCCAUACCGUUAAAUGUAAUCUAUGUUGUAAAAUGACCCUGGGUGCCAUAGUUUCUUCUUUCCUAAAUCACGAAUCUACGAUCAUGCCAUAGGGAGACGCAACGCUCCGAGGAAACACUAUGCUUGGCAUUAAAUUUCGUCCUUGAUUAUUUGACAACAGAGAUCUGUCCAAAUCGUAUUAUUUACUGAUUAUAUAUUUUCAGAAUUAAUCCGCGAGUAAAGGCCGAACUUGAUUUCGUUCAUAUUAUUUUCAUUAAUACACGCUGUAGUAGCGAAAUUCUAAUCCACACCUCAGAAACUCUAUGGAAAUGGGUACAAGCUUUGGUUGCAGUGAUUUCUGGGAUGGUUUGGGUGUACAGGCGUUAGUUAUGAUCCAGGUUGCUCGUUAGUAAUCAGAAAGCUUGUACCUUUCCCCUUUAUAGUUUGUUGAGUGAGGAACUGCGAAAAAUUGCCUUAGUCCUUUAGAAUUACUAAAAAAGGGCUUGAUUGCAUCAACACACUAAGAGAUU